AAUCCCACUGCCAGUGACCAGUGGGACUAAAAGCCGAAGCUGGUCCGGUGGCUGGGCGCGUCACGGAACCGCGGCUCCUUUUAAGGCGACGCUCGUCACAUCCUCUGUCCAUCUUUGGGCAUGACGCUGAAAGGCAGGACUCAGCGGGGAAUCCUGCGCGCCGGAGGGUAUAAAAGGAGAGGAGCCUGGAAGCACCGCCGUGAAACCGGGGAAUCCCUCACACUGUAACAGCGGCGGUACCGGCGCCCCGGGACAGGGCACAUCGCACAGUUAUUCGGCAACCGGCUCCUGGAAAGCGGACGAUAUGCUGGCCAACAUGGACUUCGCUUCUCUCGAAUAUUUCCCCUGUAACGCUGAGAAUAGCUGCAGUCCCCCGUUAGGGAUUGAAAGUAUUGGAUCGAAAGAGACCGAGAAGGUUUGCAAGGAAAGAGAAUCGCCUAUUCAGUUCACUCAAGAUGGUGCACAAAUAAACCAGAAAACCGAGGCGCCGGAUUUCUUUCUGGACCCAAGCAGAGGCGCCGAAGACGAUCCCGGUUCUCCGUUCGCCUACUCCGGCAGCUUCUACAUGGAGGGCUCCCAGGGACCGCCAAGCAGCAGCGAGUCCCUCCUCAGCAUGAUCACAGAGAUAGUCGGUGUUAGCACCUUGUCCGUCUCCGAUGUGCACAUGUCACUUUCCUCACCCCAAUCGCUUGACAGCAUCCGCGACGAGAACAUUCCGGGCAGAGGGUCCAUAAGCACGGGAGGCACCGCUCCUCACCCCCCGCAAAAUUGCCAUACUCAGCCCGCGAUGGUGGGGGGCCUGCAGGACCCCUCCGCGGCACAGCUUGGCUUUCAUGCUUACGAAUACCAGACCCAGAGGCCGCCGGUGCCAGACACGAUUCCGGUUGUUGUCAAGAAUGAAUAUGAUAACACUUGCUAUGAAUGGGAUCAUUUCUGCAAACCACAUACUUAUUUGCCGUUGGGCUUCGGGACCGGAAUAGCGACGGAAAGGCGACCAGUGGAUUAUAAAGCUCUUGUCCCCGCUUUCGCUCCUGCUGGUCCUGCCUCACAAUCUGCCUUCAAGCCGGACACCGCUAUUAAACAGGAGCGCUGCUUCGCAUCCAACUGCGCACAAAGUUUCAGAAGCUACCCGCAAAGCACGAGUCCUGCAGUGAAAGCUGAUCGCAGUGCUGAGAUGAUAGCCGAUCAGUGCAGCAUCUCCUGCACCUCCUCGGCACUGUCGGUCGGGAUAGACGCGCUUCUCUUCUCCGCUUCUGCGUCCGGUGAUGGGCGUAGGGAAAAGACGCGCAUCAGGAAAACCCCCGCAAACCCACACGCUCCCCCCAAAGAGAAGCCAUUCAUGUGCCCGGUGGAAAGCUGUGACAGGCGCUUCUCAAGAUCAGACGAGCUGAACCGGCAUAUUCGCAUCCACACCGGCCACAAACCCUUUCACUGCCGCAUUUGCUUGCGGAGCUUCAGCCGCAGCGACCAUCUGACCACCCACACCCGGACUCACACGGGGGAGAAGCCCUUUUCCUGCGAGGUCUGUGGGAGACGCUUUGCCAGGAGCGACGAGAGGAAGCGGCACGGACGAGUGCAUCUCAAACAGAAGGAGAAGAUGGAGAUGAAAGCGCAGGUCCUCGCAGCCUGCUCCUUUGCGGCACCCGGCAGGAUGUGAUGGAGCCCUUUGCACACGGAGCUCCAAGUCCUAUAUCAAGGCUAUACAGUCGGGACGCAGCAACUGCCUGGAAAGCAAUCCUAAGGAAUAUGAAGGUGUCAGAAAAGUUCUAAAAUAUACCACAAAGUGUCAGCCGUUCUUUGUAUCCUCAAAGUUUCUGCGGGGCUUUGAAGAUGCUCUCACAAAGCCUACAUCGGCGGGGGUAGGAGUUCAGGACCCGCCUAUCUGGACAGCUCCGCUGGGGGACGCGCACACAAUAGGCACCGAAUGGCGCGACGCCGCACUUCUUAUUUAUGGAGCUUGGAUUGACUUUGUGCUGCCUAGUGUUUUUUUUUUUUACUCGUGUGUGUGUUUUUUUUUUUUUUUUUGCGUGAUACAACCAUUUUACAGAAUCGCAUGAUAGUGUUUUUUAUAAAAGGCGUUUAUUUAAAUUGGAUGGCGACGCCGCCCGCAGAAAGUGGACUCCUUAAUGAGAAGGAAAAAAAACCCCGAAAGAUUGUAAAGACUAAAACGUUUAAACAGAUCCUUCUUGACGGGACAUGGGAAAUCCCUUUGACUUAAACAAUUUAUAUUUCUAUUGAAUUUUAUUAUUUGGAUAUA